AUGUCAUACGCUCUUCAGGAUGGUCGGCUGUCUGUCACAGAGGGUCAGUCGCUGCAGGAGUUCCCCGUGCUCGUCCACUACUUCUGGAAAAAGGAAGCGAGCGGUCAUCCGCGCAAGAAGAGGAAGAGGGGCAGCUCCUUCAAGGCCGAGGAGGAGGAGGCAGACGUCGGGGAGUCGCCGGAUCGGAACUUUGGUGAGUCCGAGCACAUCAUGACCAUGUCAUCCCUCCUCGCCCAACACAAUCCCGCGCCGCCCGGUACCCUGGCCCCUCCUGCCAGCGGACCAUCCUUCCUCUCGACCACCUCCUCGUCGUCGUCUUCGUCCUCGUCGUCAUCCUCGCUUCCGCCCAUGGCCACGAACGUGCGCAAGCGCGAAAGGGAGAGUGUCGGCAACAGCCACGCAAUGACCAGCGCCGCACCACGCAACUUCUUCCCUCAUCCCGACCACUUUGAAGACUCGCAGCAGGCCGACGACGAGCUGCUGUUCUCUUCGUCCUCGUCUUCGUCGUUGGGCAUGUCCAGGGGAACGAUGUCGAGAAGCCUCGAGGCGAUGACGAACUUCUCGGUCGCGCCCACGACCCCGUCGCUGCAGUCGCCGUCGACCAUGCUGUCCCUCAACUCGCCCCCGAUGGGUCCGUACUCCAACGCCGUGUCGACGCCCUCCUUCUACACGCCGCGCAUGUCCGUCAAGAGCGAGCCCGACGAAGACGACUUCGCGCUCUCGUCCGACAUGGUGUUUACCUCGCGCGUCGAGAACGGAGCCCUGGUGCCGUUCACACCUAUCCCGUCGUCGAUGAAUGCCUCCGCGACCAGCGACAGCACGGGACCCAGGCCUGCGGAGAUCAAGAGCUACGCCCCCGAAGCCGGCCCGUCGACGGAGUACUCCAAGAUGAUAUUGGUCCACAACGGCUUCCACAUGAGCGACGACAAGUGCUAUCGCUUCUCGUGCCUGUUUGAGGAGGUCUCCGUCCCGUGCACGGCAAGCCCUGGUGUCCUCUCCUAUCUGCAGGAAAUCGCACCGGGAGUCGUGCAGUGUCAAGUCCCGCCGCACAAGCCCGGCAUCGUCUACUUCUGGCUGGCGUGCAUCGAAGAAGGUAGUGACACAGUCGACCUCACCGCGCUGCCCAAGGAGGGUGACACGGUCCAGUAUUCUCAGCCCGUACCCUUCUACUAUGCGCCCAUGGACCCGGCUGGACGCUUGUCUCUGGCCUGGGAGCUGGUCGGCCACAAUGACAUUCUGUCGGUCAUGAAGCACUUCAAGUACACCGCGAAGGAGCUCGACCUCUCCAACAACGGACUUGCGAACAUCGAUUGUCUGGAGGGCUUCAGGGAGCUGAACACGCUCAUUCUGGACAACAACCAUCUCACGCACGACACCAAGUUCCCGCCCAUGCCGAAGCUGAGAACCCUUUCCAUCAACCACAACUGGUUGAUCGAAGUUGACAAGUUCCUGGACAACAUCGUGGCGGCCGCGCCCAAUCUGCGCUACUUGUCGACCCUUCACAACGCCGCGAUCUACAUACUGAGUCGCCUGCGCAAGCUUACUCACCUCGACAGCUCUCCCGUUACCAUGGAGGAGUGGCGGCAUGCCGAGUGUAUCAUGCCGAGCGGCGAGGCCGCGCCUCCCAACUCCGGCAUUGAGGAGUUCAACCUGGUCGAUGACGAGGAUCUGUGA